AUGAGUGGUCUUGGACUUGAUGUUUUCGGUGAUAGGGUAGAUGAGGCUCUGGACUCCAAGGUUCUGGACUUGUUCAGAGAGCAUACCGUAGUGGAGGUCAAGGAUAUCAAAUUGGAACUAUCGAAUAAGAUUGAGAAGAGCCACAGAAGAUUUACUCAGGAAUUGCAAGAGCACUUUCGCGAUAUAUUGACUGUGACGAAUGAAGUAGGAGAACUAUACAGGUUUUUGAAGGACGGCGACUCUCUUUUCAUGGACCUUUGUUUCAAAGAUAACGUGUAUGGAGUCGACAAGUUACCAGAGCUACAUCAUGAGCCAAUUGCUACAAAUCUGAGGCGAAAGAGCACGACAGUUACUUGCUUAGCACCAAUGUCACCCGUGGUCUCCUCUGCAACGAGCGUAUUAUUGGUGUCCAAUUGGACGCUCGCUAUCACUGAUUUCGUUUCGCGCUUUACUGCUUCAUCAAACCCUGGUAAACUAUUUGAUAAAACUCUUCAAGAAUUUGAGAAUUUGAGGAAUCAUAUCGCUCAGCUUCAUCCAUUUAAGAAAAUUAUUUUAUCGAAAUGUCAUCAAUUCUUGUCAUUCAUCAACGACGAUGAGGCCAGUCAUAAUAUUUUUACCUUUAAUCAAUGGGCCAAGCUUUACAAUUUGAUACUGAGGGACGAGCCACCUGUUUUCGAAUGGGAUUCGGAACAGCUUAAGGCGUUCGACUCGCUCUUAUUCGACACCACCCUUGCUAAUUAUACAGAGGAUCUACUGAAGGAUGAACAAGUACAGGAGUUUGUAAGAUCUGCAAUUUUUCAGUCGAAGAUGAGUGAAAAGAUAUUGAAAAGCAUCCACGUGCAGCUCAUGGAGUUGGAUGACCUAUUGAAAAGUGGCCACGAUGUCUCGCGCUCGUUGUCGCACCUUCACAAGCUUGCCUCACGAGAUACAACAGCUUCUGACAUCGUCGACGAAUCACGUUUGUACGCUGAAGGACUUGUGACUGAUCAAAGAGUGGCCCUUUACAGACUUAUAACAUCAAUUACUGAUAAGUUACGUAGCCUGAAGGUCAAUAGUGGUGGCUCAAAUCAGAUGGCCGACCUGAAAUCUCGCUUGAUUGAGAAACUACAACAGUGUCUGCCGUCCGAACUGCCAGGGAGUACCGCAACUCUCAAAAUGGAUGACAUGAUAUCAGAUGUAAUGCGAAGACACAACGAUGAAAACUAUAGGAUAUUUAUUGAGAGGCAGAUAAAACGGCUACGAGAGUAG